AUGGGCGUUUCCUAUAUGCAGCAUCAGGGCCCCCACCACCACCAGCCGCAGGGUCAAGCACCUUCCCAUAUACAACACCACUCCCGGCCCUCGAGCAUCGUCCACCAACAGCAUCACCCCCAGGCGCCUCCACCGCAAUCCCAGAGCCAUUCGACCUACUCUUCGACUCAUUCCAUCCCGUCGGUGUACCAGCAGCAGACUCAGUCUGCCAGCACGCAGCACGGCCAAGACCUCCCGUACUACACGCACCCGAGUCCAUACAGUACCCCCGGUGCAACCAGCGGGUACACAUCCGCAGAUAUGAUGGCCGCCACGAUGCCGAGACAACCCUACCCUCCCAUGUCCUACCAUACUCCGCAAUCAAACUCCCCCGCGUCGGUAGCCUCUCCCUCCGGACACGACCAGCAGAGGAGCCUCUACGGCCAGCCGACCUCACAGCUUCACCAACAGCCGUCCAUGUACUAUGGCCAGCAAGCACAAUACCAGCCCAUGGCUCCCCAGCAGACGGCUUCCCCAUAUGGCCAACACGCCCAGCAGUCGCACCAGUCCAUCACGUCACAGCCCAACCUGAUGAUGUCGCACACUCAGCAGCAGCACCAGAUGACACACCAAGCCAGCCAGCAUGCGCAGGUCGGCAUGACCAACAGCCCGAGACACCCCAAGCUCGAGACUCCCCCAGUUCCCCAGAGCGCCAGCCAUGUGCCCCGUCAAAACGGGCCAGGCCUCAUGCAGCAGGCCCAGCAGCACACGCCGGGCAUGAUGCAACAAUCCCAGCAAAACGGCUCCUCCCUUUCCACGCCGACCGGCUCAACCUCGGGCGUCAACCCCAAUGCCGCUCCCGGCCCCAUCCCUGCCACAACACCGCUUGUUGUCAGGCAAGAUCAGAAUGGUGUGCAAUGGAUUGCGUUUGAGUAUUCGAGGGAUCGUGUCAAGAUGGAGUACACUAUUCGAUGCGACGUGGAGUCGGUCAACACCGAGGAGUUGACUGCAGACUUCAAGACGGAGAACUGCGUCUACCCGAGGGCGUGCUGCCCCAAGGAGAACUACCGUGGCAACCGUCUCCAGUACGAGACGGAGUGCAACACGGUCGGCUGGGCGCUGGCCCAGCUGAACCCGCCGCUACGGGGCAAGCGCGGCCUGAUCCAGAGGGCAGUCGACAGCUGGCGAAACAGCAACCAGGACCCGAGGCUACGAAGCCGUCGCGUCCGCCGCAUGGCCAAGAUGAACACCCGCAAGCAGCUCAUGUCGCCCAUGCCCCAGGCCAGCUACAACCCUGGCCCUGCCUCAGGAAUGCCCACGGCGAGCCCCAUGGGUUCUGCUGGACCCGGCAUGGGCAAGCCCAACGUUAACAGCAUGGGCCCUGGAAUGCACCACCACCAAAACGCCCACCACGACGGAAGCGCCCAGGGCGGAGGAGACGAAGUCGGCGAUGGCGACUCCUCCUACAUGGACGAUUCGCAUCACCACCACCACCAGACCCCUACGCAGCCCGGCCACGGCCAAGGUGCGCCGAACGACGUCCGCACCGCCCAGGUCUUCAGCGGCUACGGCUCCUACCCUUCCAACGCGCCCCCGGCCUCCUCCUCUGUGCCCUCCAUCCACGGUGCGCUGAGCGGAUCACCUCACCAGGGUCCCAUCGCCGCCCGCCGGCACAGCCGUGCCGGGGAUGCCCCCGACGAUCUUUUCCCCGAUCUGCCAGAGGCCAAGAAGCGCAAGUUCAUCCUUGUCGAGGACAGCGACCGCCAGUCCCGACUGCGCGUCCGCGUCACUCUCGACAACAUCGACACGCGCGAGAUCCCGGACUCGUUCCGGAAGAGCUCGUCCGUCUACCCGCGGUCGUACUUUCCGCGCGAGAUGCAGAGCCCGCCGCCGAGCGCGACGGGGAGCCGCUUCUUCGAGGACGACCUGAGCGACAUGGCCGAGGACGACGGCGUGGCGGAGACGGAGGGUCGGCGGGCGGGCCGCGGCGCUAGCCGCCGUGGCCGGAUGCAGGUCAAGGUCCCCGUCACGGACGGCUCCGAGGCCGAGGUGACGAUCCCGCGGACCAGGAAGACGUCGCGCGGCAAGGAGGUGCGGCUGAACGACAUUGGCUACCGCAUGGCGUGGCUCCAGAGCAGGGUGUUUGCGGGCCGGACUGUCUUCUUGCAGCGAGCUUUGGACUCGUACCGCAACAAGACCCGCUCUGCCAUGGAGUCGACCAACAUGGAUGUCCAGCGCGUGGCGCCGCAUUACGAGACGCGCGUGGGCAAGCGGCACUGGACGGAACGACAGCGCCGCGGCGAGAAGAAGGACGAUGAGUAG